GCGUCUUGCAGAAGGACUCUGCAUGUCAAGUGGGCAGGUAACGGUUAACUUCUCCACAAGUGUCAAAGAUAUGUUGAACUAAACAGACCCGAGGAAAGCAAGCUGGAUUUCCUGAACACACACACAUGUUGCAUUUACGGGAUUAUCUCUUGGCAGCGGGACGAUCGAUUCAAAUGAUGUAGCAGCCGUGCGUAAAAGUCCACAAGACACCUCUGAGGGGGUUGAUCGUCGGAGGGAGGAUUGUACCAAAGCGCGACUUGAGGAGAGAGCGUACUCAUGCAAAUUCAUAAAAUCAUAGGCGUGCCUUUAGGCGAUGGAGUCACAGCCUGAAAAGCAAACCCCCUCCUGGAUCAUCAGCGACCUUCAAAGACUGUGAUGCGCGGCGCUCGGACGCACUGACAGCGGCUACGGGUCAAAUGUUUUAAAAGCGCAGUGAAAGAGAAGAGAAAGUUAGGGCUCGUUCUUCUUUAUGGUUCUGUUCACUGGCUGCAGUUUUUCCUCAACUCAACCACCAGCUCGACUGCUGCGCCACUGUUCUGCUGGAUCUCCAACCCAAAGGCUUGUUGCGCAAACCGCCAGGCACUGCCGUUACUAUUAUUAUUAGCUUUUGUUUUUUUUUUUUUACAUGUUUACAAUUAGUUUGGAUCACUUUAAAUACCGAGAAGCCUGAUGUGGAUGAAGUUACAGCCUCCUUACUUUUACAGAAUCCGUGCGUAAAGACGCCGAUCACUGAUUUGUUCCUAUUUUGAGAAAACUAUUUAAUUUUCAUUUGUAUUUAAAUUGUUGAGGACUUUCCACCACCAUGUCAGAGGACGACAGUAGCUCCACUACCAGCCUUAUGUCUGACACAGACUGUAGUAACGUUAGUGUCCUUAGCUGGGAGCAAGUGCAGCGGCUGGACGCCAUUCUGACCGAAACCAUCCCGAUCCACGGCCGUGGAAACUUCCCCACUCUGGAGAUGCAGCCGCGGCAGAUCGUCAAAGUGGUUCGGAGUCGGAUGGAGGAGAAACAGAUCCACGUCCGGGACGUUCGGUUAAACGGCUCCGCAGCCAGCCACAUUCUGCACGGGGAUAGUGGACUAGGCUACAAGGACCUUGACCUUAUAUUUUGCGCAAAUAUGAAGGGUGAAAGUGAUUUCCAGACUGUGAAGGACAUAGUUUUGGACUGUCUCUUGGAUUUUUUACCCGACUGUGUGAAUAAAGAGAAAAUAACUCCGUUAACGUUAAAGGAGGCAUAUGUGCAGAAGAUGGUGAAGGUGUGCAAUGACUCAGACCGCUGGAGUCUCAUCUCCCUCUCUAACAACCGGGGGAAGAACGUGGAGCUGAAGUUUGUGGAUUCUCUUCGGCGGCAGUUUGAGUUUAGUGUGGACUCCUUUCAGAUCAAACUGGACUCCCUGCUGCUGUUCUACGAGUGCUCAGAGAACCCCAUGGCCGAGACCUUCCAUCCAACCAUCAUGGGUGAGAGUGUGUACGGAGACUUCAGUGAGGCCCUGGACCACCUACGUCACAAGAUCAUCUGCACCCGGAAUCCAGAGGAGAUCCGAGGCGGGGGUCUCCUGAAGUACUGUCACCUCCUGGUCAGAGGUUUCAGGGCCGCGUCAGAGUCAGAGAUGAAGUCCCUGCAGCGCUACAUGUGCUCACGCUUCUUCAUUGACUUCCCUGAUAUUGGUGAGCAGCAGCGCAAGCUGGAGUCCUACCUUCAGAACCACUUUGUGGGCCUUGAAGACCGCAAGUAUGACUACCUGAUGACCCUCCACGGAGUGGUCAACGAGAGCACGGUGUGUCUGAUGGGGCAUGAGAGGCGGCAGACCUUAGGGCUCAUAGCCAUGCUGGCAGUGCGUGUGCUUGCUGAGCAGAAUGUCAUCCCCAACGUGGCUAAUGUUACGUGUUACUACCAACCUGCUCCUUAUGUGGCAGAUGGUAACUUCAGUAACUACUACAUAGCACAGGUACAGCCGGUGUUUCCUUGCCAGCAGCCUGCGUACUCCACCUGGCUGCCAUGUAACUGAUUCUGCCCCAAAGAAAGGAUGAGGAAGUGAGUCUGAUUGCUUUAAACAGGAGCAAGCGGCAUAGUCGCACCCUCAAACCUGCCCAGUGCUAAACAGCUGACAGAAAAAGGAAUCCUCUGUUUAAUGUUUUGCAUCAAAGCUUCUGUUUUUGUUCAUACUUUAAGUAUGAAUGGUCAAUCGAGAACAGUUGGCGAUCACUUCAAGUACAUUUUUCAAUGUGAAUCACUCACAUUUCUUGACAUGUCAACAUCUCUUGACUCUGCCCAGACCAACAAGCUUUGGCAAAGACUAAUUUGGGAAGCUUGGCAGCAAUGGCUGAAUGCAAAAGUGUGAUGGCCUUGAAUGCGAGCAGCAGAACUGUCAUUAAGGCUGAACAAGACUGAUUCAAUCUGUCACAAACUCAUUAGCCAGCAUGUUCCAGCAGCAGACCGAAUGGCUGCAUCAGAGCCCUGAAGUCUGUGACCACACACACACACACACACACACACACACACCAACACACAACCACACAUACACACAUACAAACACACAUACAGACACUGGGUGAAAUCAGAGGUGUGUGCAGGGCUCCAAAAUGAGCAUCCUACAUUCUGCUUUACAUCAGCUGAACAAGGUGAGAUGCUGUUGAACUAGUUUGGAUAACAAAGCGGCAUCUCUGCCUUGCAUUUGGAUAUAGUUGUGGUUGUUUACAGACCAAAGAUUUCUUUUCUAACAUAAAAACCCAAUUUUGAUGGGGGAAAAAAUUAAGCAAAAUAUGAAGCUAUUGAAAUGUCUAUUUGUAUAUGUGAACAUAUGCGUGUUUUUAAGUGCCUAUUGCCUCGUGGGCAGAGAAAAGAAUGAGCAGGCCAUACGACCCCACUGUGUUUAUAGUCAGGCACACAAGACAGUAGCACCCCAGAGGCUUGUGAAUGUAUAUGUGAAAUUAUGCACAGUCAGUGUUUGUGUACGUUUGGAUGAAAAACUGGAUUCUGCAGUAAAGUAGCAGUGAAAAGUGUACGAUUGAUAGGUUUUUGCAAGAUUCACAUUUUUUUGGUGGGGGGAUGUUUGGAAACUCAAAAUGUUAUCUUCUCUGAGUGACGCUCAAAUGUCCCAAAUUAAUGUUGGAAUUAUUUAACUGUUAUGACAGCGGUUGAUAAGCAUUUUAUGAUCAUCAGCAAGAAAGAAACUCACAUACUUCUUGUAUAUUUUGUACAGCGGUGCUUCUCUUUUUCUCAUCUGAGAAAAAAAGUCACAAUAAGUAGAUAAGAGACAGAGAAAGGAAAGACUGCAUUUCAAGAGAGGGCUGCCAUGUGUGUUCCCCAAUGCUUCAUCCUACAGUAGAAGGAUAUUUGCACAGACACCUCAGAUGAUGAGACACUGUUUGCUGUAGCACCCUGGCAGGGAAUUCCUCAGCUGCUGCUGAAGAGCUUGAACUUAGCUGGGGUUGGGUUAGCAGACGCUCUGUUUAGGGUUCAGAAAAUGUAGUGCCAAACAUUUUGGUAGCUCCGCUGACAGCCCAAAAGUUUAAUGAGAUCAUUUGCUGAUGUAGAUGAUAUGGAAUACACAGAGAGAAAAGGAGGCAGAAGAGAAUAUACAUAUACAAAACAAAAAAACAAGUGAGAGAAAGGAAAAUGCGGUAGUUAAGAGCCAGAGGGGAGAGUGAGUCGGUCUGGAGAGAUGGGUGCAGCUGGUGAUGGGGUUUAUCGCUUUAGGCUUAUCAUGUUUUACUGUACAAACCGUCUCUGUUGAGGUCAGACUACAACUUCAUGAACAGUGCAAGCAGCUCAUCCCUAUUUUUAGGGGGACCAAGACAUUGUGAUAUCAGCAUUUGCUCUCUGUUUUAAUCAUCUGAUUGUUAAUAAAAGAGUGGAAACUGAAGAAUACUGUUUACAUUGAUAUCAGCUUCAGAAGUUGCAACCAAGCAGCAACAACCACAGUCUGAAACUGAAGCUAAUGUGGACGUACCUUAAAGUGCAAUAACUCCGAGGGUCGCAAGAAAAUGGCUCUUAGAAAAUGAACGGCUCCAGUAUCCUCCCCUUCAAAAAGCACAUAAGUCUUUGCAGAGAUAAGAAUUCGAUAACAUUUUUUUUUUAAUGUCAAUCGCUAAAUUAGUGUGAAAAUAGCUUCAUAAUUGAACAUUAAGCCUCACACAGGGGCAUGUUGAUUCAUAAGAUUGUAUGAAUCAGGUUUAAGUGUCCCCCUACUCUAUGUUGCCUCCCAUAUUUGAAAGGUCCUGGGUCCAACAGGAAAAUGUUGACUCUAAAGACGUCCAUUAGCUUCAAUUUGGCCUCACUGCAAACCGACCGACGACGUCAUCACUUGUUACGUCCAUCCUCAUGUACAGUCUGUGGCUGCAGCUUAUGUUUCAUUUGUGAGGUUGCUUCAUUGAUGCAUAUUAAUGUUUUUGUGCUUCAUUCCACGCUCAUUUUGAAGAAUUGUACUGUAUAUAAAUAUAUAUAUGAUUACAUGUUUCAGCUUUGCCAGCACGCUUAUUUCUUGCAUACUAGACUGCAGCUUUUCCUGAUGGCAGAUAGAAAAAGAAAAUGGCGAUUUUAAGCGUAAAUAUGCAGGUUUGGCCCCGAUUCCGCUCAAUACUGCAACAAAAAGAGAAAUUCUCUCGCUGAAAAAGCAUUUCUUUCUCAUCCUCUGUCUCACAUAACUCUGAUAAUCCACAACUGCUCUCUUCAGUUGUUUCUUCUUCUCAAUGACUGUCCACAUCGAUGGUAUCCUUUGGAUUGUGCAGGCAGUGUAUUGUCAUUUUAUACUCAGUGAAGUCCUAACAGCUGACUAGCCAGCUAGCUCCAGUCUGCCUGUCAGUUAGUGAUUGUGCCUAGCAUCGUCUUGUAUGCGUUGUCUUAAGCAUCUGUUUCCGUUCAAGCAGUCUUUUACAAAUCACAUGUUUAAAAAAGAAAGAAAAAGAUCCUCGUCAUGUAUGUAUAUUUUUUAUGAUUGUUAUUUUUAUAAAUGUAUCAGACACUGCCGGUGUUGCAGUGCUUUUGAAUCUGUGAUCGGGCUUCAAAGGAUAUGUUCUCAAUAGCUUUUUUGCUAUAAUAUGUUAUGUGUCCAAUGGAUCAAAAGGUUAAAGAUGUUUUCCUCAAUAAAAUAUCUGAAAACCAGA